AUGGAUAGCUAUUCAGACUUCACUGCAAAGAAUCUCUCAGCCUCAGCCAAUAUGUCUAUUUCUUUGCCAGGACAAGCUGGACUCAAUACCACCAGUGGUACUCCUUCUAUGUCAAUAAGCAGGCUUUUCCCAGCCCUGUUAGAAUGCUUUGGAAUAAUUCUUUGUGGCUAUAUAGCUGGAAGAGCCAACAUUAUCACAUCAACUCAGGCCAAAGGACUGGGAAAUUUUGUGUCCCGUUUUGCACUCCCAGCUUUACUCUUCAAAAACAUGGUGGUACUUAACUUUUCUAAUGUGAAUUGGUCCUUCCUGUACAGUGUUUUAGUUGCCAAAGCUGCUGUGUUUUUUUUAGUCUGCGUUUUAACAUUGUUGGUAGCCAGUCCUGAAAAUCGAUUUAGCAAAGCAGGUUUGUUCCCUAUUUUUGCCACACAAAGCAAUGACUUUGCACUAGGAUAUCCAAUAGUUGAAGCUUUAUAUCAAACCACUUACCCAGAGUAUCUCCAGUACAUUUACCUAGUGGCUCCAAUAUCUCUUAUGAUGCUAAAUCCUCUGGGAUUUAUCUUCUGUGAAAUCCAGAAGUGGAGGGACAAUCGCACAGUGUCACAGAGCAAAAUCAAAAUAGUGGGCCUAGCACUCCUUCGAGUUUUGCAGAACCCAAUUGUAUUCAUGGUCUUCAUAGGAAUUGCCUCAAACUUUAUUCUUGGCCAGAAAAUUCCCGAAUACCUUGAAAACUUCCUUGAUGGACUGGGUAGUUCAUUUUCUGGCUCUGCACUUUUUUACCUUGGACUGACAAUGGUGGGACAAACCAAGAAACUGACAAAGGGUAUGUUUGUUGCACUGAUCCUUCUCAUCACAGCUAAACUACUUAUGAUGCCAUUUCUCUGUAGAGAAAUGGUUGAACUCUUGGACAGGAGUGACAGCAUGGUCAAUCACACCAGUCUAUCAAACUAUGCAUUUCUGUAUGGAGUUUUUCCAGCAGCACCUGGUGUCGCAAUAUUUGCAAGUCAAUUUAAUAUGGAAGUAGGAAUUAUUACCUCAGGCAUGGUGAUAAGCACUUUUGUGUCUGCACCUAUCAUGUAUGUUUCUGCAUGGCUGUUGACCAUCCCAUCCAUGGACCCCAACCCACUGGCAUCUGCGCUCCAAAACGUUAGCUUUGACAUCAGUAUCGUCAGCCUCAUUUCUCUGACCUGGUCUCUUAUUGUUGUUGUCCUGAGUAAGAAAUACAAACAGCUUCCUCAUAUGAUUACAACAAAUCUACUUGUUGCUCAGUUUAUCGCUUGCAUUGGAAUGGUGGCAUGGAAUUUCAUUGUUAAAGAGAAAGACAUCACCAUGCAGAUCUUAGUAUUUAUAUUCCUCUACAGCUCACUUUAUAGCACCUAUCUGUGGACAGGUUUUCUAUCUUUCUCUUUGUUUCUGUUGAAGAAGAGAGAAACAGUAAAGAUUCCCAUUGGGUUUAUCAUCAUAGCUGGAUGGGGAGUCCCAACAGUUCUGGUGGGAGUCUUAUUAAUCAUUGGGGAACGCAACAACACUACUAUUGACUCUGCCUUUUUCUAUGGAAAACAUCAGAUAAUUACCACAGCUGUGAUCCUGUUCAUAAGUAUAGUGAUGUCAGGUGUCUCACUUAUGUGCAUGAACAGAAAUAGGCAAGAGUCAAGCUAUGAGGUGCUGAACCCAUAUUCACCACGUAGCCCAGCAGCAGAGGUUAAAGUGGGAGGGAGAGAGCAAAAUCACAUUUCAGCCACUGUGCCUCAGCCUUCUCCUGGAUCUUCUGCACAGCCUUCUCCAGAAUCUUCUGCACAGCCUUCUCCAGAAUCUUCUGCAAAGUCUUCUCCAGAGUCUUCUGCACUGACAUCUGCAGAAAGAGGUUGCUGUUCUUGUCAGACAACAAAUGGUGAAUUAUCCUGUGCUAAAGAGAGCAAAGUAGUGUCAAAUGCUGUUGAAGGCAAGAUUCCUCCAAUAGAGACAGUGGAUCAGUGUGUGAGACAUUGCAGUGCUCAAACCUGUGUAUUGGCUCAGGAAGAACAGCUUCUACAGACUGCAGACAAACAGCUGGCCAGACAUGUGCUGCUGUGCUUGCUUCUUGUUGUUGGCCUAUUUGCUAAUCUAUCCAGUUGCUUGUGGUGGCUGUUCAACCAAGAGCCUGGAAGGCUCUAUGUGGAAUUGCAGUUCUUCUGUGCUGUGUUUAAUUUCGGACAGGGCUUCAUUUGCUUUGGUAUUUUUGGCUUAGAUAAGCAUUUAAUUAUUCUGCCAUUCAAGCGAAGACUUGAAUUUUUCUGGGGUGGAAGAGAAGCAACAGGGCAUACAGACCCCUCUGUACCUGAGGAAAUCAGGAUGACCUGUCAACAGUUUGUUCAUUAUCAUAGAGAUCACUGUGUCAAAAGUAUUGUCAGGGACAGAAGGUGUGGUGCAAAGAUCUCCACUGGCAUCUUCUAUGGCUGUGACCUGGUGAACUGGCUCAUGCAAGUUGGUCUUGCCUCUGACCGUGGGGAAGCUGUGAUGUAUGGAGACAGACUGAUGCAAGGAGGUGUCGUCCAGCACAUUACAAAUGAAUUUGAAUUUCGGGAUGAAUACUUGUAUUAUCGCUUUAUUCCUAAGAGCUCGGUUGCAGCUGAGAGCCAUUGA